UCGUCCAGAGGAGUCCUGUGGCUUGCAGCCUCUGUCUCAUGAAUACCUCUCAGCAAUUUCGCAGACGGUAUUUAAGACCUGUGAAGCUGGAGACACAAAAGGGCAGUGGAUUGUUCCUUGCCUCAGCUGCUCUGACAACAGGACCUGCGACUGGAGAGAGAUAAUGUGGCAGCCCCAUGGCUGCCGAUACUCUGUGCUAGCCAAGCCCGAGCUCCAGCGCUGUGUGGAGGGCAGAAGAAUUCUUUUUAUAGGUGACUCAACUAACAGAGGGAUGAUGUAUUAUCUAAUAGAAAGAGCGAAUAAGACUCUUCAGGAAUGGCAAAAGACUCAUGAUGUUAAAUGUUAUCAUAAUAUCAAUGAGGGGAAAACCUUUAUCAGUUACUCCUACUACCCCCAGUUUUGGAUGAACACAAACCAGAGACCAACUUUUGAAAAAGCACUAGAACAACUGCUGCAGAGAUCACGUCCCCUGGAGAAUACAGACCAGACCGUAUUAAUUGUGGGUGGCGUUCAGUGGCUUAAUUCCAAUCACCUGCAGAUUAUCCAAAAGGUGUUGAACAGGGAAAAUCUAUCAAAUAUUCUGGUAAUUAUCAAAUCCAUAGGGAUGGGCUUUCACCUCCCAGUGGAUGGAAUACAUUCUCUAUCACAGGCAGAAGUGCAAAACUUGUGGAAUGAAAACUUGGUUAUUCUGGAUACAGCAAAAAAUUUCGGCUAUGAAGUUGUUGACACCUUUGUCAUCACCAUGGGACGUUACAAAGAAUUCCUGCAAGGGAAGUGUGGCUGCCAUUUCCAUGAGGUGGUGAAAUCCAAUCCCUCUGAAGAAAGUUCGCACAUAACAAUGACGUUAUCAAGGCAUUAUACACUGGGGAAAUAUUUCGGCAGUCAAAGCAAGCCAUCACAACUGCAGGACUAUGCAACAAAUUCCCAGUCCCCAUAUCAUGUCCGAGGUCCAAUAAAUCAAGUUUAUUCUGAAAUCCUUCUCAGCAGGCUCUGUGCAAAUUAUCCAGUUAUGGAUUUUUGUGAAUCCAGUCAUGGAGCAGGCAAUCAAGCCAUUACUCUCUCCCACCAUGCACUAGAGAAGGGAGUCAGAACCAG